AUGGCCCUGAUAGAUAAUAACGAACACGUGUCUAUCCUCUUUUCACUGAGUGCGCUAGUCGCCAGUAGCCUAUUGUUGAUAGCAAGCCUUUAUCACUUGUAUAUGCUUGAAAUAAUGAGGAGAAAGAAUAAUAUUGCAAGGGUCAGAGACGCCUUCGAAAAAACAAAGAAGGCACUUCGCUGUGCAAGGUGGUCAGCGGUGGAAAUUGCUGUAUUGGCCACACAGGCAGGCAUGACCUUGGAGGAGAUCGAGGAGGAAUAUAAAAAGGACGCUUCUAGUAGAGCGCAAGUACUUAUGUCGAUUUUGGGAAGUCGUACGAAUUACUUUGUACGAAAAUUCGUUCAAUGUUAUCCGUCUCGUUUUCUUCGUUCUGGAUACAAGUUAGAGCAACAGUUCUUGAAGAAAACCGAGCAAAAAGUGGAUCAGAUCCGAACAGCAAUAAGUGGUUGA